AUGAGGGCCUGGAUGCAGCGGCGGUGCUUCAGCACAAAGCUUUUCAUGACCCGGCUGGGGCCGCUCUUGGGAAAAACAAGCAGUCGCUGGUGGCAGAGACUGGAGCGGAACUCGGUCACCGCAUCCAGAGGCCAAUACGGGGCCUCCGAGAUCUCGUCCUUUGCUCUGCGCCUGGAGUGGGAGGUGCUUGGGCCAGAGGUGGGCCCCAUCCAAACCGUAGUGACCCCAAGAGGUCAGCUUAGCCGCGAUGCUGCCAGACCCUUGGCCUCUGCCAUCGCCGAACGCGGCAAGCGGGUGCUGCUUUGGGAUCGCCGCUGCACGGGAAGCUCCAGCGCUUGGGCGUCCUGGGAGGAGUCCCUACCAGAACAGGAGGUGCAGGACCUGGCGUGUCUACUCGACAGUCUUGCCCAGCGAGAGAAAACUUCGACCCCUGUGAGCCUCGUGGGUCUCAGCUCGGGUGCCAGGCUCUCUGCGUUGUUCGCUGCUCGUCAUCCCCAACGCGUGUUGAGUCUAGUCCUUCUGCCUACGGGUGACUUCUAUGGUGCUGCCUCCAUUUUGGGCCGUGCCUACUAUGGUGACUGUGCCGACACGGCAGAAGCCGGUGGCAUGGAGGCGCUUGUCGCAGCAGAAGGCAGCCACUUUCAGGCCUUGGCCAAGAAUUCUUCAAGGGCACGUGACGAGCUGCUCGGUGCCGAUCCGAAGGACUUCAUCUUGGCCAUGCGCAGGUCACAAGCCUUCCUGGACGGCUUCAAGGGAAGCAACCUUUUGGGCCUUCAGGCCUCGGAGCUCGCAGGGCUUCAAAGACCAGCUCUGGUCCUCCACCACGGCCUGGAGGAUGAUCGCCUCCAUGCUCUGGAAGAUGCGAUUGCCUUAUCCGAGCAGCUCUCUUCUGGAAGGCUUUUGGUGGAGCCUGAUGCUGGGAAGUGCAAAGAAGCUGUUGCGGACUUCGUGAAUCAGACCUAG